GAACGCGCCGCCGCCGCCGUCAUGUGAUUUCCGGGCAAGGCCGCCUCCGGCGCGCGGGCGGGGGUCAGGGUCAGCGCUCCGCCAUCGCGGCGGCGCCGGGGCCAGGCAGGGCCGGGUCUCGUCUCGUCUCCCCGUGCCCUCCGGCCUCCCGGGAAGUCUCCCUGUGAAAACAGGAACGCUAAUCCGCCUGCGGGGGGCGGGGACGGGACUCCGCCAGCCUUCCCUCCCCGCCGGUGUCUCGCCCCGGGGCCUGCUUGUGGUUUGCGGUGUAGGCCUCGGCGCCAUGGAUCCGUUCUUGAUUCUGCUGAACUCCUUCUCCUCGAGCUUGUCGGACUCUGAGCUUGAUUCCCUGAAGUUUCUCUGCCGGAAGGAAAUUUCGAAAAGGAGACUGGAGUCCGUGCGGAGCGGUAGGGAUCUCUUUGGCAUCCUCCUCGAGCAGCAGCUAAUUGCAAGCGACAAGGUAUCGGUUCUUGAAGAAUUGUUUAAGAACAUUAAAAGGGAAGACUUGGUCUCACAGCUAAAGCAGUUCGAAGAGGAAGGGGAAGUUAAUGCUCCCGAUGAUCAACCAGAUGCACACGAAAAACGUUUUCAGAAGGCAGCUAUUGAAGUCAUAUGUGAUAACGUUGGGAAAGACUGGAAAAUGCUGGUGCGAAAACUUGACGUUUCUGAAGUGAAACUGGAAAGAAUAGUGGCAGCCAAUCCAUAUAACUUGCGUGAACAGUUUUAUCAGUCACUCCGAGAGUGGCAGAAGUGGAAGGGAAGAGAUGCGAAGGUGGCUGACUUAAUAAAAGCUCUUCGGGGCUGUAAUAUGAAUUUGGUGGCAGACAAAGUUGAAAAGAAACUCUUGCAACUGAACACUGAAACCAGCUGAAAUCUGUAUAACAACACUUCCCUAUCCCACAGAUACGGAUGAAAAAAACUAAAAGUGCCUUCUUCUCUUCUGAACCAGAAUCAAUAUCAUUGGUUCCUGUUACUUACUCUGACAUUAAUUUAUGUGCGUUAAUAGGCUGAUUUGUGGUCAGAUGAAGAUUAACAUAAAAACAAAUGCCAUUCAGGUAAUGCCUUGUAGCUUGAUGCUUCCUUGAAGAGAUUUUAACUUAGAAGACCUAAACUCCAUUUGGUAGAAAUUCUUACACUUUUGUUCUACUACCCACCUGAAAACAAUAUUUGCUGUACUGUUAUCUGGAAAUACAUCCGUGGGACACUCCUGAGGCAACUGUAAUUUAAAAUUUCGGGGGGGGGAUUGGAUAUCUUUUAUUUGUGUGUGCUGUUAUAACUGCAGGGUGAAAGGCAGGGGUAGAUCUCUUAGCUGUGUACUGGGGUUUGGUUUUUUUUUUUCAUUAGCAUAAGAUAAUAUCUUCCAUAAUUUAUCAAAUACAUUUGCGCUCCGUAAAAGAAUACUAAGACAACUGUAACCUCAGGCCCUAAGACUGCAGUGCAGGAGGGCUAGUAACUAUUGUGGUGGCUUUUUCUUGGCAGAAAAUUUGCCAGAUUGAAAAUUAACCAGUUGAAAUCAAAUGUCUGUAUCAAGUGCCUUCAUCAUCCUGAAGGAAGUAUCCUCUUGAAACUAUCAAAGAAAUUGUGUGCAUCUCUCAGAUGUUUACAGUAGUCUCUUUUUACCUCUGUGAAUGUUUUAAGAUUCUUUACUAUUCCUUUUGUAACCUAUAUCACAGAGUCUGGUCAUGCCUGCUGGAAGUUGCAGCUCACCUCAUAAGUAUGCUGCAGUUAUCUGUGCUCCUGGGUAACAAAAGUCUGUACUGUAACAAAACAAACAAAAAAAAAAACCACAGCAAAAAAAAAAAAACCAAACAAGAAAACAAUUUGGUUUCUUUUUAGUGGAGAGGUGUGAAAGCCUACUGAAUCAGUAUGUGGUACUGACUUUCCUCUGGUGAUACCCAGCGAAGGCCAGUUGUCUUUCGCCACAGUUUGUUCUCUUCAAAGGUCGCUCCAGAUCCAGUUCCUCUUCCAAGUCCUCUGCAGUGUUUUAGUUCAUUCCUGCUCCUUCACAUUUUUUUGGAAAGUGGUUGUAAGAAACUUGCAGAGGAUUUAUGAAGUAGACCAGAUUCAGUUUUCAUCUUUAAUUUGGAACAGACUUCGAAAAAUGGCCUUCAUACCUAACUUAAGACUGGAGAAAUUGCACAAGCUUAAAGACAUGCAGGGCUGUAGAGGCCUCUGGGGACUAUCCCUUAUGUGAGGGGGAAAAGUUCUCCGAAAUCAUUGUUGCUUGAAUGAGUAGGACUGUUUGUUACUGCAAACAUCCUUCUAACUACAUAAAUAGAAACUUGAGAGGCUUCUUUUUUGCUACUGUACCUGUGUGACUUUUAGCUCCUUUCAGGUUCUUAGUACAUGGUGCCAUUACUGUGAAGGCCGGGUGUCAGCACAAAAUAUACCACUACUCUGCAUAAAUGUUGUGAGAUUGAUAAUUUUUUUCGAGUUUUUAUUGCAGUUGGUGCUCCUCGUUUAGAAGAUGACACUUGAAUACUUGACUGUAGUUAAUGGAAACUGCUGUAAAGUGGACUUACCUUUUUAUUAAGGUUUUCCCUUAAAUGAUUUGCAAAAGUAUUUUUUUAAUCAUAGUAUACUAAAUAUCAGGGGUUGUAUCCAAGCAAAGGAACAACGGGUAAUACAGAAGUUUCCACCUGUCAGCCUUUUGGGCAGGUGCAGUUCUGUAAGUACUUGCUCCAAUACCUGUCAGUAUCGAUUGUCAAUUCCAGACUUCCAGUAGGAGAUACAGUGCUGUGCCUCAGCUAAAUGACUAGAUCAAAUGUUUCAGAGGGUUUUGUUUAAUAGAUACAGUCUUCAUUCUACAGUAUUUAAAGAAAAUCGCUUCAGGCACUUCUUCUUCAUGCCUGUAAGCAAUCUUUGUGAGCAGAGUGGAGUAGAAGUGGAGAUGCGUUUUGUUUGUGGUGAACCAGCUCUGCAGCAGUUCCAAGUUCAAUUUGACCAGUAACAUGUUUUUCUUGUCCAGUUGUAAUAGGUCUUCUGGUUCAUACAAGAUACAUUUAUCUGGAAUAUGAAAAGUAGUGCACCGCCUACUGGAUAUAACCAGGAUCUUUUAAGAAUAAGUAGGAAUAACUUGUUAGUUGUAGCCAAGCGCUCAUCAGCUACAAGAAAUAUUCUGCCUCAGAAGAUAAAAAAUCUUGUUCCUUUAAGGAUUUGUACGUACUGGUUGUUUUACUGUGCAUGAAGCCAAUGACCUAGACUGCAUCAAUCUGAUCAGUACCUCAGGGCCAAUUUAAAACUGUUUUUAUUAGAGAUUAAAAAGUUGAUGAUGCGAGAACAAAAUCAAGCGGAACAAAGGGAACAAAAACUUUUUAUUGGGAGGGGGGGUAAGGGAAAAGGGUGCAAUUUGAAAUGUGUUGUGAUCCAGUUAGCACUCUUCUUAUUUUCAAAUUAAGUAUUUUGGACUCAAAUAUACAUAUUUUUAUAAAUCAAAUUCAAUUUUUAUAUUGUAUAAUUUUGUGCACAUUUCAUUAAAAAAUACUUCCUUUAAA